AUGUCGUACAACCCAGAAUCAUUCAAAGAACACACAAAUUUCCAGUCGGUGCAUUCAUUUCUUAACCUGUUUCAGUCAAAGGAUUUCAAUGAUAGUAUUAUACAGUUAGAAGCCCCGAGUAUAGACGCCUCACGAGAGGUGUCAACAUCACCUACAAACUCCAAAGGUUCAACAAGACUUAAUUUCGAUCCAAAGCAAUACUACCAUCACCUCGAACAAUUACCACAAGCACAGCCACAACUACAGCCACAAUUUACAGAACAAUUUCAAAUAUUAAAUUUAAACAAAGAUUUAUGCGAAAGGAAUACCGCAACUCGUACCAAUAAGAAAAAGUUGAGAACUAGUGGCAAUAUUCUAACUGCUGAUCAGAUUUCUCGAACUUCUUCCACUUCGCCAGCUUUAAUGUCACCGGUAUUCACCAACGAUUUGCUUUCACCGUCACCGGAAUUAGACUUACUUGAGUUUGAAGAGGACGACGAUGAUGAUGAGGAAGACGACGAAGAAGCCUUAUUUGAUGGAGAUUAUAAUGAGAACGGUAAUAGAGUUAACCGUUGGAAUCAGGAUGAUAUUUUUCAGCUGCAUGACAACGCCAACGAAAACUCUAACCCAGCUGCUCAUGGUUUGUUUCCAAGAAUGGAUUUGAGUGCUCACAACAACUUUAUGGAUAUCAAAGAACUUCCUUUGGACCCAGUAGCUCAUAAGAGACAGUAG